AUGAAGGCAAAUUCGUACAAGGGUGAAGGAUUCCAGAUUUUAUGCCUGACCCUAUCAAUCCAACUUUUUGCAAAGUCACGAGUCAUCUUAUUGGAAGAUUUUCUAGCACAGACAAAAGCUUUUACGAGCGUGAAUUCUCCUUCAAUCCAAAAUUUCAAAGACAGCUUUGUGUUGGAUAAGAACGUGAGAGAAGCGGCAGACUAUAUGAGGCACCUCAUCAAGAAGAGCUUCCGCAGCUAUUCCACUAUCCAGUACGAUAGCUUCCAACACUUGACAAAUGGCAUUCCAUAUUAA